UCACCUGAGCGUACAGCGGAAGAAAAGCAGGUGCAGCUGUAGCAUCAGCCUCAUAACAACCGUUACCAACGUACUGUGACAGCUACCGAGGCCCCCUUUUCUUCCCCCUUUGGUAAACCUCUGAAUACCUUUUCAGCUGAGCUGUUUCUCGCAGUGAGAGACGCUGGAGGGUCGACAUCAUGACUUUGAACCAGAACCACUCAGAGUCUGGUGGAGUCAUCAUCAACAACAGCGAGAGCGUGUUGAUGUCCCAUGAUAACGUGGAGCUCGUCUUCUGCGAUGCGGACCGUCUGCCUGAGCCGUUCAGAAAGAGCAAAAAGGGCAGCGUCUACUUGACACCGUACAGGGUGAUCUUCCUGGCUAAAGGACGCGACGCUCUGCAGUCCUUCAUGAUGCCGUACUACCUGAUGAAGGGCUGCGAGAUCAAACAGCCGGUUCUGGGCGCCAAUUACAUCAAGGGCACCGUGAGCGCCGAGCCCGGAGGUGGAUGGGAAGGAAGCGCCACGUUCAAGCUAGUCUUCGCCGCGGGCGGAGCCAUAGAGUUUGGCCAGUUCAUGCUGCAGGCUGCAGCUCAGGCGUCUAAGGGCCAGCCGCUAACUCCUAGCUUCGGUGGCUGCCCUUUCAUGGCUAACGGAGGCUAUGCUUUCCCUCCUCCCCCUGCUAACGGAAUGUACCCUCAGGGACCGCCACCCGGCUACUCCUACCCCAACCCCCCACCUCCAGGGGCAUUCUACCCAAGUCCUCCAGCUUUCGAUGCGUCUGCCAGCUACGUACCGCCCCCUCCUUACUCUGCCCCCCUGGGUCAGCAGCCACCACGUGACCCAGACCUGCCCUCCUCAGCAGCAGCGGAGGCCAAGGCAGCGGAAGCGGCGGCGAGCGCCAGCUGUGCCACUCUGCCUCCUACGCACGUGUACCUGCCGCAGGACAAGCCCCCACCUUACUCCCCUCCAGAGGACAAGAAGAACCAGUAGAGCCUGUGUGAACCCCGCCCUCGUUCCUCUGUCUCCUCUCAUUUCAUUGACUGGACAUUUUCUCCUCUCGGUCUUCCUUGUCACUUUCUAACAUUCCUUUUUUCCCCCCACCCUCUUCCUCGUUGUUUUCCUGUCUCCCUUCAUCAGACGCACCUUUACUUCCCAGGAAGUCGCAGAGAACAAGCGCUGGCAACCAGAAUGGUCGCCAUCUGUUGUAUAGUGUUUGUUGCUUUCCAAGUGUCCCGUUAAUCCUCCCCCCCAUUCCCUUUAACCUCCUGCGAUCUGAUGUUGAAUGAUGUGAAGCUCACGUAGAAUUUUCUAUCUAACCAAACUCUAACAAUGAAGUCAUUUGCUUCGCUAAAGACGGCCGGAGGCAAACCGAAUGCAGUCUUAUUUUUCUAUUAUUUUUGUGUGUACCAAGAUUUUCAAGAAGAAGGUAUUUUCUCGAGAACACUCAGCGUCAGAAGUACAAAGUAGCCUUUUCUUUGUAAAAGCGAGCAGAUUUUGUGUGUUUUGACAUGCUUUGGUGGGACCAGGCGGAAUAGAGAGUCCACAAUCUGGGAUUAGAGCAGAGGGGUGGAUUCUCCCUCCAAUGUAACACGGGAGCAGACCGGUCACCUAAUGAUGUCACGUCCUGUUUACCCCGGGUUUCACCUUUCACUCCUCUGUGUUCCUGGUUUUUUUGUAGUUGUCUUUUUCCCCAGAUAGUAACACGACCGCCUGGAGGACAGGCUCAGUUUGUGUUCAACUCCGUUCGCUCGGUCUGAUCUCGAGCGCCUCGGUUCUUCCUUCCUCUGUGGUCAUUUUAUCUGUAUCCUGUAUCUGUGGCGCAUCAGCGGCUGAUUCUUUGCACUUUCAGAAUGCUAUGCAUCAGGCUACGGUUCGCUCUCGUCAUGGCUGGGUGUACAAUAACGUUCAGCUCUUUAUGUACUUCAAACUUAAUUUAUUGAACAGUUACUGUAGAAUGGUUCAAUUAUGGGGGAAAAAAAAACAAACGGCAUGAUCUCAACAGAAGCAUGUGCGCAUUAGAUUGAAGUUUAAUAAAUGGCUCUUAACUCAUGAAA